AUGGCCAUUUCUCGAUUCCGUCACACGCAGUCUGUCCCGUCGAGGCUGGACAAACAGUUCCUCAACGUCUCCCCUACAGGCGCAAUAUGGGACUGCAGCAACAUGAUGGCCUGCAGCGACCGCUUCCUUGCGGUGCCGUGGGCGCAGCUCGGCAGCACAGCGGUGCUGCGCCAUACCGACUACGGCAAGGUCGCUGCAAACCCGCCGAUUCUGUUGGGGCAAGAGGGCCCCAUUAUUGACGUCGCCUUCAACCCGUUCGACUCCACUAAACUCUUCACCGCUAGUGAGGACGGUACCAUCAUGGGGUGGUGCAUCCCCGAGGAGGGGCUCACGGAGAACUGCAGCGACCACACGGUGCACCUACAUGGGCACAGCAAGAAGGUGGGCAUCAUCAACUUCCACCCAAGCGCGGCCAACGUUCUGGCCUCCGCAGGCGCCGACAUGGUAGUCAACGUGUGGGACGUGAGUUGCGGUAAGGCGGGCGAGGUGCUGAAGUGCCACACAGAUCAGAUUAUGUCGCUUGACUGGAACCUUGACGGCUCGCUGCUGUGCUCCACGUCGAAGGACAAGAAGGUGAAUAUCAUGGACCCAAGGAAGGGCGAUAUUGUCGCGUCAGGGAGUGCCCACCAGAGCGGCAAGACGCAGCGUUGCCUCUGGGCGAAACGACCGAAUCUCAUUAUGACAACCGGCUUUAACAAGGCGCAGGCCCGCCAGGUGAUGGUCUGGGACGCACGCAACAUGACGGCGCCAGCACAGACAGAGGAUAUCGACCAGUCCAGCUCUGUCAUGCUGCCCUUCUUCGAUGAGGACACCAAUCUAUUGUACAUUGCGAGUAGAGGGGAGGGCGGCAUCCGCUUCUACGAGUUGAUGGAUGGGAGACUCGUGAACUGCUCCGCCUACACAUCAUCGGAGGUGCACAAGGGACUCUGUAUCUUCCCGAAAUGGUCGUUGGACACGCGGCAGUGCGAGAUAGCACGUUUUUGCGCACUCACACCUAAAUCUAUUUACACAAUUCAAAUGCUUCUCCCGCGUAGGCAGGCGGACGUUGAGCUGCAGAUGGACGUGUACCCGCCGACCUUCGCAGACAAACCCGCUUUAACAGCAGAGCAGUACUUCAACGGGGAGAACAGUGAGCCCCUUGUGACGGGAAUGCAGGCCGUAUUUGAUGGAACUGAACGUGAGGUGAAGACAGCUCUUGAGAUGACCCCAGGAAUGAGAACGCAAGGUGGUACCACACCAGCCAGGAGCCAGAACUUUACCCCAACACCAGCCAGAAGCCAGCACGUUCAACCUACGCCAGCACAUUCUCAGCAAGUGAAUCCCACGCCUGCCAGAGCUCACCUGUUUGGCACCACACCGGCGAGGCAUAUCGAUCCCAUGGCUAUGGAGCCGAGUCAGCGGGUAUCGGAAGUCAAAAAUCAUGAAAAAGACACGGAAAAAUUAAUGAUACAGCUAAAGGCUCUUACGUCGCAGCUGGAGCGACAAAAACAGGAAGCUGAAAAGUGCCGAGAUGAGAUGGAGAAGAAGUUACGUCUUGUCAUGGAGACUGUUGACGAGAUAGUCAGCAUCACCUCCAGGAUAAGCUCGUAG